AUGCUCAGCAUGGGCGAGCAUAAUCCACUUCAGAAAUAUUCCAAGGAAAGCCUGGUGGUCGCCAGCAAAACCCUCAAGAGAGAGCACCAUCCAAGGGUAACAAUUGUCUCCAAGGACUUCAUCGGAUACAUCGCGAACCUCAAAAACACCGACGGCCGGGACAUCUGGCUUAUGGGCGGGCAGCUGGUGGGACCGUGCCUCGAUGCGGGAAUACUAGACUCGGUAGAGACAGCAAUUAUGCCGAUGAUACUAGGGGAGGGGGCAAGCCUGGUGGGGGAGUCCGCGCUUGCACCGCUUGGCGGAAUAAAACUGGAGUUGGUAGACUGCAGGGAGUGGGAGACGAGCGGGAUUAUUAUGUGCAAAUACAAUGUCAGCCGGCAAAUGGCCGCAUCGUUAGGAGAGGCCAUGUUUUAUUAA